AUGAAUUCCUCCUAAAAACUAAAGGAAUCUCAGAUUCCUGAAAAGGAGAAAGAUAAAAAUAAGUCCCAAAAAAGCAAAGAGGAUGCCAAAGAGACUCUUAAGAAAAUUGUCGAAUAGGCUCGUUAAGCGAUCCUAGAGAAUAAGCUCAAUGCCACAGAAGAAGUUCACAAAGCCAUGAUAGAAUACAAAGAGAUUUUGGGAGGAGAAAAUAGUGUUCUGCUUCUACCUGGUUUAUUUAUAUAGGCAGAAGGAUACAUAGCAGAAGGCAAAUUGAAAAAAGCCGAAGAAUUUCUGUAGGCUGCUUAUUGGAAUCUUUAUCAAUACAAUAAACCAAAAGAAAAGGGAAGCGAAGAUGGCAACAAAAUGGGCUAAGAUAUUUCAGAAAAGGAGAAUGCAGAAUAUAAUGGUCAGUUGCAUAAAAUAUUUUCAAAACUCUAUUUUGCUUAAAAGGAUUACAAAAAAGCAUUAGCAGAAUUAACGAUUGGAAUUUAUACGGAUUCCUGCAGUUCUGAUCCAGAGCAUCCACAGACAAGUCUGAAUUACUAUUAUAUGGGAUAAAUUUUCUAAUAAAAGAAACAAAUCUCAGAGGCUGAAUAAUUUUAUGCUAAAACUUCCUAAUGUUGGUAUAAAUAUUUAAAGAGAUAUUACCAAUAUGGUACACCAUCUAGUGAAAAUCUUCCAGAAGAAGUCAUUUUCAAGGAGGCUUUACAAGUUCUCAAAUAGAUUGAAGAAUAUUUCAGAAAACACAUUGACGAGAAUAACAUCAAGUUAUACAUUAUACCAAUCACUAACAAUUUGUAAGCAUAAGCCUUUGUUUACAAAAAGUUCAAUAACGAAGAACAAUAUAGACAUUAUAUGGGGUUGGCUUAUCAAGAAUUUCUUAUGCAAUAUGGUGAAAAUCAUAAGAAGACAAAGAAAGUGACAGAAAUUUAGGAAAUUAUUAAAUAAAGGGAAAGAGAUUAUUGA